AUGCCGUUGGAACAUUCUCCGGUGAAGCAAGUGCAAGGAGAGCAGGUACAAGAAAAGCAAGUGCAAGAGGAGCAAUCGGAAAACGUACCGAUAUUGAAUCAAUCGCAAUUGCCUCCUCCUCCAAGCGGGCAAGGCUCAAGAUCUGUUUCGUCCGGUUCAUUUCAUGGAUUCACUUGGGAAGAGGGAGUGACACCGGAAACGAUGCAGAAAUUGAGAGGAUUGUUCCGCCAAAGAAGCCACGCCGAGCAAAAGCUUGUGCGGAUUCAACUCACCUUGCGAGACCAGAGAAAUUUGAAGUUGGCCCAGCUGCAAUGCACGAAGGAAAAACUAGUGGCGAUCUAUACCGAGUUCAGCCACUUCCAUAGCGAAAUCAUGGCAUUAAUUCCUGACGAAGCUUCCGAUGAGCAGGACGAAAUAUACUGUAGCUUCGAGGAUCGUCACAGUGAAUUGUCCAAUCGUGUCCAGGAAAUGAUAAAUUAUUCUACUCCUCGAGAACCUACGAACUAUUCCAUUCCUCAACCACAAGUCAUCAUCCAGCAGCAACCGCUAAAAGCGCCAAUACCUACGUUCGACGGCAAUUACUCCAAUUGGCCCAAAUUCAAGGCGAUUUUCCAGGACUUGAUGGCGCAGUCGGGUGAUUCGGAGGCGCUAAAACUAUACCACCUGGAUAAAGCGCUGAUUGGAUCCGCUUCAGGCAUACUGGAUGAAAAGAUAAUCAACGAAGGUAAUUAUCAGCAAGCUUGGAAAGUUCUAACGGAUCGGUACGAAAACAAGCGUGUGAUUGUCGAAUCGCAUAUACGAGGAUUGCUAAAUCUAAAGAGAAUGUCAAAGGGGACAUUUAAAGAACUGGACAACCUGCUGAGCGAAGCAACCGGUCACGUUGAAAGUCUACGGUUCCAGAAACAGGAGCUGAUUGGGAUUUCUGAACACAUCGUAGUGUACCUCAUCGUAACUGCUUUGGACGAUUCAACGCGAAUGGCUUGGGAGCGCACCCAGCAGAGAGGAGAGCUUCCGAAAUACGACCAAACUAUUUUCUUCCUCAAGACGAACUGCCAAAUCUUGGAACAGUGUGAAUCAUCACGAGCUCUAUCUCAGCCAACAAUUCCCAAGACAAAAGCCAUGUCAAGCAUUAGCAAGAUGCCACCGCUAAAAACAAAUGCAGCCACCACAAGCUCCAGUACCUAUCAAGCGUCGUGUCAAAUCUGUGGUGGUGGACAUUUCAACUUCCAGUGUGAAACGUUCAAGCAACUAACUGCCACACAACGGGCAGAAAAGGUACGAGCAACUGGUUUGUGCUACAACUGCCUCCGCAAGGGUCAUCAGUCGAGAGAAUGUACGUCGAGCAAAACGUGUCAACGAUGCAGCAAAAGACACCAUACCCUCCUCCACGAAGAAACCGGACGGAACAACAGCCAAGAGGGCAAAACAAAUGUCGCUUGCCCACAGUCACCUCGAAUCGUCAAUCAAGAAGCUGCUAUUCAACCUCCUGUUCCGGUGGUGGAUCAAUCCGUAUCCACUACUUGCUCAAGUAACUAUGUUCCAGCAUCGAAGACCGUUCUACUGCUCACUGCAGUCGUCCAAGCCAUAGACAAACAUAACCGACCACAUCCGUGCCGAGUUUUACUUGACAGUGGGUCUCAAGUAAAUUUCGUCACUGAGGAAAUGGCAAACCGCCUUGGUGCUCCUAAGAUGCAAGCUAACGUCCCAAUCACAGGAAUCAACGCUUUGAGAAGCCUAGCUCGGGAUAAAGUCUUCAUUAAAUUUCGAUCAAGCUACGGAGGUUUUCAAGCAAAUAUUGAGUGCCUGGUUACUCCCAAAGUGACUGGUAUUAUUCCGAACGUAAGGAUCGAUUUUGAUUCAUGGAAACUUCCAGAAGGCAUCCAGCUCGCCGAUCCACGUUUCUUCCAUCCAGAAAAAGUCGACAUGCUUAUCGGAGGAGAGCUUUUCUUCGAUAUUUUGAAGCCUGACCACUUUAGCCUUGGUACGAAUCUUCCUCAACUACGUGACACUCAUCUAGGAUGGGUGGUAGCAGGCGUGAUAAACGAGCCGUACAUUUCCAAUGCGGCAAUUCAACAUGCCAACGUUGCGUCAAUCAACACCAUUGAGAAAAUGAUGCAACAAUUCUGGAAUAUGGAGGAAGUACCGGAUGUGUCUCCCUUUUCACCCGAACAACUGUCUUGUGAAGCACAUUUUAUGUCAACAUACGAGCGUAAUGAAACCGGCAGCUAUUGGUACAACAGCUGUGGAGAACGUCAGCAGGAUGGGAUGAUCCAAUCGACAAAACAUGUCAAGAAAAAUGGUCUGUUCUUCAAGUGUCGCUGCCAGAACUUCAACUUAUCAAGGUUCCACGAUGUGUUGCAUUUCCUGAUAGUGUCGCUUAUGAAUUGCAUGGCUUCGCUGAUGCAUCAAAUGUGGCUUAUGAUGCCUUUUCGAAGAGUUGUCCUUUGGUCGGACAGUACAAUCGUUUUGGCUUGGCUCAAGAAGCCAUUGGAUCAGCUUCAAACGUUCGUGAGGAAUCGGAUUGCGAUUAUACAAACAGAGACCAAGGAGCAUGAAUGGAAUUAUAUUCGUUCGGCAAACAAUCCCGCCGACAUCGUUUCACGAGGGCAGCUGCCGGAGGACUUGAAACAAAACAUCCUUUGGUGGAAUGGUCCACAUUUUCUGGAGGAGUGCACAUACGAGGUCGACGAAGUUGAAGAAAUUCGCGAGAACAAUCUUCCUGAGCUUAAAGCUCAUGUUGCAACGCCUGAAAGUAGCUGCGACCCUUUUCCAUUCUUCCUGCAUCAUAGUUCGUUUAGGAAAAUCCAACGUAUCAUGGGAUAUGUUUUGAGGUUUAUCAGCAACUGCCGGGGUAUCCGGACAUCGAAUCCGGUGAAACAAAUUCAUCUCACUAUCGUAGAACUUCGUCAAGCAUCAGAAGCAAUCGUGAAGGUGAUCCAGCGUUUGCAUUUCGGCGAUGAAAUUCAACGAGUGGUUUCCAAACAAACAUGUAAGCGUCUUGGCAACCUGAGUCCAGUGUAUGAUAACGGCUUACUACGAGUCGGAGGGCGAUUGGAUCGCUCUAAAUUGCCGUUUGCAUCGAAGCAUCAACUCAUUAUUCCCGACAAAGAUCCUGUAAUAAAGAAAAUGAUAAGUGCGUUGCAUGUAGAACAUCUCCACGUUGGACAAACUGGUUUAAUCAGUGUUAUUCGCCAAAGAUACUGGCUCCUGAACGCGAAAUCUACUGUGCGACAAGUCGCUCGUUCCUGUGUCAAAUGUUUUCGUGUUAAUCCUGUUGAAAUCAAGCAGCUGAUGGGGAAUCUACCGUCGUCAAGAGUCGUGCCAUCACCACCUUUCGCUGUGACUGGGGUGGAUUAUGCAGGUCCGUUCCAAGUGAGACAAGGUUCACAUCGUCCGAUGCUGAUGAAAUCGUAUGUUGCGGUUUAUGUAUGUAUGGCGACGAAGGCUGUGCAUUUGGAAAUUGUAUCGGAUUUAUCAACUGAUGCCUUCCUGGCGUCAUUAAGAAGAUUUGUUAGCAGAAGAGGAAUGGUACAGCAAAUACAUUCGGACAAUGCUACUAAUUUUCACGGAGCGGAGAAUGAACUACAUGCGUUAUACCAGCAAUUCCAAGACCAACAAGUGGUGAAGAAAAUCCAACAGUUUUGCCAAGUUCGGGAAAUCCAGUGGCAAUUCAUUCCACCGGACGCACCAGAGUUCGGUGGUCUCUGGGAAGCAGCAGUUAAGGCGACGAAAUUCCACCUGAAGCGCAUAGUGGGCAAUGUAAAACUCACGUUUGAAGAAAUGGCGACUAUUCUGACGGAGAUAGAAGCUAUUUUGAACUCUCGUCCAUUGUUCAGUUUGUCCAGUGAUUCAUCAGACCCACAGGUAAUUACACCAGCUCAUUAUUUGAUAGGUCGACCCUUGAAUGCUCCAGCCGAGCCAUCCUUGGAAGAUAUCAAGGUCAACCGACUUGAUGCUGCCAUCUGCAUCUGCAACUAA